AUGGAUAACAAGGAUGUGGCACAGCUUUAUCGUGCUUUUCCUGUCAUCCGAUAUUUUCCUCUGCCAUCUCAGAGAAUUUUUACGAUUAUAUCCAAACUUCGCACCUUUCUGAAAGAGAUAAUAGAAGAACACAGAAUGACAAUGAAACCGGAUGAGCCAAGGGAUUACAUUGACUGCUACUUAGAUGCAAUGAAUAAGAAGCAGAAUAAUGGUUUGUCCUUUGAUGAUGAAGGUUUGCUUGCUAUAGUGAUUGAAUUAUUCCUGGCUGCAGUGGAGAGUACAGCAGCCUCCCUGGACUGGUUACUGCUGUGUAUGAUGGCAUACCCUGAUAUUCAAGCUUUAUCGUGCUUUUCCUGUCAUCCGAUAUUUUCCUCUGCCAUCUCAGAGAAUUUUACGAUUAUAUCCAAACUUCGCACCUUUCUGAAAGAGAUAAUAGAAGAACACAGAAUGACAAUGAAACCGGAUGAGCCAAGGGAUUACAUUGACUGCUACUUAGAUGCAAUGAAUAAGAAGCAGAAUAAUGGUUUGUCCUUUGAUGAUGAAGGUUUGCUUGCUAUAGUGAUUGAAUUCUUCCUGGCUUCAGUGGAGACUACAACAGACUCCCUGGACUGGUCACUGCUGUGUAUGAUGGCAUACCCUGAUAUUCAAGAAAAUUGCAGUGAGGAAAUCAAGCUUGUCAUUGAUGAACAGAAGGAAAUCACUUACAAUGACAGACACAGGAUGCCUUAUGUUCGGGCAGUCAUUCAUGAGAUUAUGCGCUUUGCAGCAAUUGUACCUCUUGGACUUCCUCGUGGUAUUGUAAAAGAUAUGUCAUUUAAUGGCUAUACCCUUCCAAAGAUAGAUUAG